UUAGAUCGAACGGCUUCUCUGUUGACUGUCUAUUUUACAAAAAAUCAACCAAGCGUGCAACAAUGAAUGAAGUAGAUCUUGAGCUCAAACUACAUGACUUCGAUAUUGACGAAGUACAAAACACGGCAGAGGGUGUAAGCAUAAAAGCUCAUAGUCUACUGCGAUGUACCACCCAUGAAUAUUAUCACAUGACCGGAUCUACCAGAUACCAGACUGAUCAGAGACGACGGAAAAAAGAAAACCAGAUUGAAUCAAUUGAAAGUGAGAUGCCAUCCCAUAAGACAACUUUCUACCAAUCAUAUACUGUUUAUGUUUAGUGGGGGCGCAAAGUAUAACAAAAGACGAAGAAAAAAGAAGAAAAAGAACAAGCAAAAGAAGAAAGCUGCCCCCAAGGCUACAACCAAUGUGUC